AUGAGCUGUUUCUGCUUCCGCGGCGGCAACACACGGGACCCUUCCCCACCGCCACCGCAAAACAAUCCGACAGUCGCGAGAACGCUGAGCGACGCCAAGAAUCCCACCGCGGUUAGUAGAGCAGCGAGCGACGCGAAGAGCCCGAGAGCGCUGAAGCGACAUAUUUCCAACACCGCAGCAGACCCUACUGGGAUCACCACCAACACCGCCACAUUGCCAGAUCCGUCCUUCUUACCGAACCCAACCGCAGCGGGAUCCGCGUUACCGAAUCCAACUGCUCUACUUUCGAACCCUAAUGCUGUUCCCACCGCGCUUCCGUGUCCCGACAGUGGGCCGUUGCUACCCGCGGAUUCCGUUAUCGUGACUAAAUCGAAUGGUGACGGUGAUAUCGUUUCCCCCGCUACUACAAAACAGCCGCAGCAGGCGGCGUCCGCCUCGGUGCUAAGUCUGAACCCCGCGGGACCGCCGAUUCUAAUAUCCUCUGCUGCUACUAAUGCUACCAUUGCUGCUAUUGGUUCUAGUGCUGCUAAUACUGAUAGUAAUUCUCCCCAAAUCGCGUCUCCAACUGUCGUAACUCCUAGUCCGCGAGGAGCCGGCGGCUCCUCGGUUGCUGCUACUAACGCGUUCGCCGCACAUCGUCUCCCAAGCCCUGCUGCUCCGCUGCCCGCCCCUAAGGCCGCCACGUCAUCAGCUACCGCCGCGUCAGCAGGUCCUGUCCAGGUAGGCGCUGACGCCCCGAGCCCGCGCGGAGUGGCGGCGGGCGGAAGCUUCCAGAGUCCGCGCGGGCGGAAGAAGCCGUCCGCCGCGCAGCCGUUGCGCACCCCCAGCGCAUUGGCGCGCCUCCCCCUCCCUGCAUCUUCCGCCGCCGCGUCCUUCGCCGCAUCCGCCCCUUCCGCCGCUUCCGCCUCUUCCGCCUCCUCCGCGUCCUCUAUCCCCGUCGGCGCAUCCUCCAUCUCACCCUCCACCCGUUCCGCCUCCCCCUCCGCGGCUUCCGCCUCCCCCGCCGCGCAUUCCCCCGGCGCAAGCCAACCCGCGGAGAACUCCAGAAAUGCUUCUCCGAAAACCGCCGGCGCUGCUCCGCCCGCGCAGGUGGCGCAGGUCGGUUCCGCCGCUGCCUCUCCCGCCGCUACGCCCUCCGCUGUCGGCGCUGGCGGCGUCCCCAGCGCCUCCGGCGCUCCGCCGGCUGCGGGAAUUGCGACAGCGGCGGUGCCUCUUCCGCUGCCAGCGAGCGGCGAAAUCGCCGCGCGCGCAGCUGCCGCGUCCAGCGCGCAACCCGCGAGCCCGGCGGGUGGCGCGGGCGCAGGGGGGGCGGGGGGCGUGGGGGGCGCGGGGGGCGCGCGAGCUGUGAUUCCGCCUUCCCCCAGUGCCGCCCCCUUGGGGGCGAGCGAGCGGGUAGUAGGGGGAGGAGGGGAAAGAAAUGUGGGGUCGUUAGGGAUGCAUGGAGAGGAAGGGGGUGAGGAGAAACAACAGCAGCAGCAGCAACAACCGUCGCAGCAGUCACAGAGAGACAAUCAAGGGCAGAAAGGACAACCUGGUGAUGGAGACGGAUCGCUCCAUAGCGGGGACAGCAGCGCCUGCACCAGCACUGUAACCGAAGCAACGCCGCCAUCCCCAGCUGCUGGUGCUGCCGCUGCUGCCUCUGCUGCUGCAGCUGCUGCUGCUGCUGCUGCUGCUGCUGUAGACGCAGCAGUUUCAGCUGCUGCUAGUGCCAGCAUCACCGGCAGCAGCAGUGGCGGCAGCAGCGGCAAGGGGAAAGCGCCGACGCCCCUGAUUCCCUUCACGUACACGCAGGUGCAGCAGAUGGCAGGGGGGUUUGCGGAAGAGGGUAGAAUCGGCGAGGGCGGGUUCGGCGUGGUGUACAAGGGGAAUUUACCCACGAAAAGCGGGCGCAAGAUUCCCGUGGCGGUGAAAGUGCUGAAUGCGGAGGGGCAGCAGGGCGAGAGAGAAUGGUUAACUGAAGUGAGCGUGUUGGCCCAUCUCUCCCAUUCCAACCUUAUCUCCCUCGUUGGUUACUGCGCGCACCACCACCACCGCAUGCUCGUCUACCCCUACCUGCCCAACGGCUCCCUCGAGCGAAAACUUUUCGGGCUGCCCGCAAAGGAAACGCCGCUGACGUGGCAGCAGCGGAUUGGCAUUGCGGUCGGGGCGGCCAAGGGCCUAGCGUAUCUGCACGAGGAGAUGGAGAAACCGAUCAUCUACCGGGAUUUCAAAACGUCCAACAUCCUUUUAACCAAGGACUGGCAGGCGAAGCUCUCUGACUUCGGGCUCGCAAGAAGCGGGCCCGAGGGGGACAACACACACGUGUCCACUCGGGUGGUGGGCACGGUGGGCUAUGCGGCCCCCGAGUACGUGCUGACGGGGCAUCUGACGGUGAAGAGUGACGUGUACAGCUUCGGAGUGGUGCUGCUAGAGCUCAUGACAGGGCGGCUGGCCCUUGAUAAAUCGAGGCCCAAGGAGGAGCAAUCCCUGGCAGAGUGGGCGGCUCCCUUCCUCGCCUCCCCCUCCAAGCUCUAUCGAAUCAUGGACCCGGCUCUCUCGGGCCGCUACAGCGUGAAGGGCGCUCAGACGGCGGCGGCUGUAGCAAGAGACUGCCUCACCCGCAAGGCCAAGCAGCGGCCACGCAUGUCCGAGGUGGUAACCGCGUUACAGCCGGUGCUGGAGCUCUUUGAUAUGGCGGGAUUUGAUUCCUCCGGUGUUGGUGUGGGCGGUGGGCUAGGAGGAGGGGCAGGAGGGGGAGUAGGGGGAGUAGGAGGUAUAGGGGGAGGGAGUGGAGCACAGGGAGCAUUGCUGACAAGGUCUUCUAGUGAGAAUAACACGAGUACGACCAAGGGAGGGAGUGCAAGCGGUGUAGGAGCAGGAGGGGGGUUGGGUAGUGGGAGGAGGUGGCAGAAGGUAGGGGCUGGUCAGGGCUCACUAGCUCAGAAGCAAUUGUCGCUUAGGGAGGAGAGGAGGCAGCUGUCUAUAAGGGAGGAGACACAGGACUGUUGA